AUGCUCGACGCGUUCAAGAUCCAGCCUUUCGACCUUGAGCCCAUCUUUGCGUCCUGGUCUGACGCCCCUGUUUUUCUCGGGAAUCCGAAGAAGGAUCCCCUUGUCAAUGACUGGCUGGCUCAGAUUAAAGCGGGUAGCAUCGAGCGGAAAGUGCCGCGGGAUUACUGGCAUAAGGUCGGGCAGCAUUACUUGGGGCCAAAGGCAAAGGGUCGCCUUGAUGAAGUGAAGCUGGUGAUGAAGAACAUGCAUGGUGGCAAGUACAAGUGGAAUUGGAAAUCUUUUAAGGUCGCUAUGCGCAACAUGGGAUGGGAUAUUGAUGUUUCGAGGACAGAGGCUAUCAAGGUUCAGAGCAAGCCAUCCGGUUUAUGGUGGAUCGUAGGAAGGGGCAAUGACUCUGAUUCGAAACCAGCAGAGCCUACUUCGUCUGCACCGUCAAAACCUCCUUUGCCAUCGAAGUCAAAUUCAAUGUGCGAGGUCAUGACAACGAAGGCCCUGCCGACGCCCAAACGCUCUGUUACCGCGAGCUCUAUCGAGACAGUCACUUCGAUCGCCUCCGUAUUCUCUUCCAAACACUCUACACCCAAGAGCACGCCUGUGAUGACACCUGCGAUGACACCUGCUGAAGAUAUUAAUGAUACCACGACCAUGAUCACCCACGCCCCCCUCUGGCUUGUGAACGCGUGUCAGUCGUUGGACUACCUCGCGUCUGAGCACCCUAAAGUGAUGACUACGCUCUCCGCGGUUUUAAUCACCGUUGGGUCUCUCCCCGCCAUUCCAGCGCUCUCUGCAGGUGCAGGAGGCGCGUUUCUGGCGAGCAGCACAGCGCAUGCAAUUGGAUCUAUCGCUGUGGGGCUGGGAACCUGGCUGAAAGCUCAGACAGAGAGUCAAGUACAGGUGGCCGCUCCCCCAACGCCGCCUAAAUCAUAG